UUGUGUACGGUGCAUGAUUUUUGUAUUAAGAAAAUGGCGUCUGCUGGAAUGGAGUUAAUGUUUAAUUCUGUCAAACCGAAAAUUAAAUGUCCACAAGAUGCAAUUGUAUGCGUUCUGCACUGGCAGAUCAUUUCAGCAGGCUACACAUGUUUAGGAAUUGGCGAAGAUCCUAUAGCCAGUGCCACCGAGGAAGACUCUGAGAUGCUGCCAGACGGAUGGAAUUCGGCUCCAGAUCUGUAUGUGCUGCAGUACAAAUCCUCCAAUGGACAAGCUUACAUGCUGAAAAUCAUAGUCGUUGAUGGAAUCAUGCUUGUACAUUUUUGGAGAGUGGCAGAUGACAAACAUGUCGCUACGAUGAAUAUUAGAAUAGCUGACUAUGCCACAGAAGACUACUCAUCAUACAAGAAGGCACUGAAGCAAGUCAGCACACUGUGCAAGGAUUUCAAGAGAGAGAUCCUGGACACUAUGAAACCAGCCAGUCCCAAACCCUCCCCAUCCAGCAAGGGCCGUAACCCUAGCAGGUCUCGUGACGAGGAUGAUGACCCCUUGAGGGUCCCUGGCACCGGGAGUCACAGGCCACGACCAACACCUGAAUGGCAGGACCCUGAUGACCCUUUCUCAGUGGGUCGAGGUGACCUUGACCCCUUCGGAAGGGGCGGGGGAGGCAUGUUCUUUGACCCCCUGCGUGGUGGCAGGGGUCCGCGGUUUGGAAUAGACCCAAGCUCUGGACUUCCCUCCAGGCUACCUCCAGGCGCAGUGCCUCCAGGGGCCAGGUUCGACCCUUUUGGACCCCCAGGGACCCAUCCAGGGCGCAGACCUGGGCCAGAUCCAGACCACAUGAGGCCACCCGACUGGGAGGAUGACAUGUUCAUGUAAAAGACCAGUCAAGUGAUUCUCCAUGUUAAAGACCAGUCAAGUGAUUAUCCAUGUUAAAGACCAAUCAAGUGAUUUUCCAUGUAAAAGACCAGUCAAGUGAUUCUCCAUGUAAAAGACCAGUCAAGUGAUUCUCCAUGUAAAAGACCAGUCAAGUGAUUCUUCAUGUAAAAGACCAGUCAAGUGAUUCUCCAUGUUAAAGACCAGUCAAGUGAUUCUCCAUGUAAAAGACCAGUCAAGUGAUUCUCCAUGUUAAAGACCAGUCAAGUGAUUCUCUAUGUAAAAGACCAGUCAAGUGAUUCACCAUGUUAAAGAAUAGUCAAGUGAUUCUCCAUGUUAAAGACCAGUCAAGUGAUUCACCAUAUUAAAGACCAGUCAAGUUAUUCUCUAUGUAAAAGACCAGUCAAGUGAUUCACCAUAUUAAAGACCAGUCAAGUGAUACUUGCAGGCUGGUCAUGUUUUAUGCUGUUUGCAAAAGCCAUUUCACUUUGCUCCAUAUGGGGGAAAGAGUUAAUAAAAAACGGGCCAAUUAAUCAAUACUGACAAGGCUUCCUCUGGAAGCAUAUUGGGACUGUAAGCAACAACAUUCACAGAUUCCUCGCUCCUGAAUCAAUAAACAAACACAUUCUAAGACUUUUAGAGGCUUGUUUACAUACAAAUACAUGUAAGUAAAUUAAUAAACAAUCUUCACAGACUGAUAAUGUGUUCAUGGAAUGCAGCAUCUUGUUAUGGUUAUAUUUAUUGCAUUGUGUUUUGUUUCUUCAGAAAUAAAUAAAAUUACACUUCUUA